AUAUUUGACAAGAUGGCGGUAACUGACGAGGAAGUGCGAUCUCCUGACGAUAUAGAGAUUGUAAAAUUGAAAGUAAAGAAAGGGAAUGUGAUUUUUAAAGGUUCUGUGCUUGCAUUGUAUGUAAAUCAUGGAGAUGAGAAGAAGCAGAGUAAGAAGCUGAAAGCGAAUUGCUCUGGAAUUAUUUCACAAAUAAAUGUUGAAGAAGGAAAUGCUGUUAAAAAGAAGUAAGAAUUAUUUAGUAGGUACUUCGGUAAAGCAAGGGAGACUACUAAAAAAUUUGGGUAAUCUUGCAGUUCAGGUGCGUACAUUAUUGCUGAUCGAAUUUCGUAUUAUGGCGUGUAAACUUGGGUGUAUUCUUUAUAAAAUUUAAUCCAGACAGUAUUAGUUAUCUCUAACACUAUAUUGAACAGAACUUUAAUUUUUAUUGAUUUUUACAGCCCCAUUUCUGCAUAAUAGCAUAGAUCUCUCCAUUUUCUUGUUGAUCAUAAUUGGCUGUGUGCAAAAUGUUGCAUUGGGAAACCAUUCACAGCCACUUAUAUAAUGACUAUACCGUAUUACUUUCUCAGAGUUUCAUUCAUAAGAGUUUGCCAUGUGCAAAAACUAUUACACCAUUGGUCAUGGAAAGCUUUUUAUUAAUUAUUCAUGUGCCAAAGUUGAAAGUUUAGAAUAAGUCGAUCCUAAACAGUAUUCUAGUAAUAAGGGGGUGCGUUGCCUUAUAUAAGCUAUAUAAUAGUCAUUGCGCAUGACACGAUCUGCGGAAUGAGGUCACAAGAUGCAUGUGGAGAUUUCGUCCAUAGUAAAAAAUACCAAAUAAACUCACACUUUAAAAAUUCGAAACUCAAAAAUGACUAAAUCUCAAAAGUUGAUUCUGGUAACAUUUAUUUAAUUUGAAAUUUACUCUAAAUAACUGUAAUAUCAAAAAAAUAUUUUAAAAUUUUUUUACUGAAAUACCUAGAUUAUCAGCCUAUUAGUAAGUUAAAAAACAUAAACAAUUGAAACAGCCUAGGCCUUGGCCUUUAAUUUAUCUGAAAUUACAUAUCAUAUCAUAAAUGUAGUAUUACAAAGUAGCAUGGCUGCCCGCAGGUAGGGGCAAGGUGGGGCACUAGAAAGUUUUCUGCGGGCACCCAUGCAAAGUAGGUACUUUGACACAAAAUAUAAAUUUUGUCUGAGUGCAAUGAAUGAUACAUCAUUUUAAAGGUCUAGCUAUAAUAGGUACUUCGGUAACGCAAGGGAGACUACUUCAAAAUUUGUAUUAAAAAAUGGGCGUCGGCGCUGUAAAAUCAGAAUUUUUAAUUUUUUAUUGUGAGUGUCAAUUAAUUAAUAAAUGAGACCUUUUGUCAUGUAAUUGAGUUCCGUUUCCAUCCUUUCACUUUGGCAGAUUUAUUUGCACAUAGCCAUCAUAUCAAAGGUUACGCCCUAUACUUCUGGGUCUAAUAAACUUUUUUGAAUAUAAAUUUGCUAACACUAAGUUACAUGAAUUCAAAUUGGCAUUGGAUGAUUGGCUGGGUAGUUAAUUAAAAAUGUCUGUUCGGUGCCCCACUCAUUUCUGAUGGCUGCCAUCUUGGUUGCCAUGACAGCAGAUGUGCCAUGGCAGCCAAGAUGGCGGAUAUGUAAAAAAGAAAGAAGUGCACAAACUGUGUGCUAUAAUUUAGUAUAAUUGGGAGGGGAAAGAUAGGGUAUGUGCUGUUUUAGUGGCACUCCUCAGAAUGCCAGUGCCUAAUGUCAUAGUCAUAUAGGCCUAGUAUACUUUUCUUUAUCAAGUGCCAGGCGACUACAACAGUUAGUGACAUAAUUGUUUUGGAGUUGCCUUGCAGACUAACUGCUUGUAGUAAUAUUUAAAAAAACAAUAUUGUGGCCGGCAGACCAUGUCCCAUGGCUAAAUCGUCAUGAUGUUAUUCUAUUGGGUUUGCAAGUGAAAUGCAAACAUGUUAUGCUUUUCGAAAGCAUUGAAAGUUGGGACACCAUUGACCUUGUAAACUUCAACAUUUUUUACCUAAUUGAGUGUCAGAAUUGGUUUCAUGUUCAACAAGGUGGAACACGCCAUGGUCUGCUUUAAAACUACUUGUGUGUGACAGUGGUGGUUUAACAACAAAGAACAAGUUUUCAAAUGGUAAUUUAAGUUAUUUUGAUUUGAUUUGAUAUUUAUAUCGCGCUUGUAUCCAUGCCACUUUAACAUGCUCACUGCGUUCUGGUCCUUCGAAAUCUAUUGAAACAAAAAUGUUUUUUAUUGUUUCUUAAAUGAUUUUUUUUAUCAUUUACAAUUCCCCUCAAAGAUUGAGGCAAACUUUUCCAUAAUUUUGGCGCUAUUGCUUCAAAAGAGCGCACUCCGUAAGACUUUUUUCUGUGUUCGUCCACUCUAGGAACACUCAGUAAGUAGUGUGUUGAAGACUGCAUGCUCUUCAGGGGUACAUGUUUAUAAAUUAGUUCCUUGAGAUAUUCUGGUGCUGAGCCAUCUGUGCAGCUGUACGCCAGGGACAGAAUUUUGUAGUUCAUGCGCUCACUCACGUAGAACUGGAGAUCUCGUAGAACUGGAGUGAUGUCAGAUUUUUUCAUCCACGAUACAAUGCAUGCUGCAGUAAUUUGUAUCUUUUGGAGUCUCUGAAUUUGGUUCUGAGGUAAACCUCAUAAACAACUAUUACAGUAAUCUAAUCUUGACUGGAUUAGAGUUCCUGCUACAGCAUUGGCUGUUCUCCUAUUGAGUUGAGGACGCAGCUGACCCAGGGCAUGCAGAUGACAGAAGCAUGUCUUGAUAACAGAACUGAUAUGGGGAAUGAUACUAAGUUUACUGUCAAUAUAAAAGCCAAUGUCUCUGACAGUCGAGGACAACAGGAUCUCUGAUUCACCAACUUUUAUUGAUGCAAUGGUAACUUUCCGAAGAUUGGUGUCUGAACCAACCACAAAUAAUUGCCUCAGUCUUAUCAUUAUUUAAUUUUAGUCUGUUUGAUGACAUCCAAUCUUUCACAGCUAGAGUGACAUUUGACCAUGUACUUGGUAAUACAUUCUUGAACUGCCAAAUUAACUGCUCAUUCGGUGCGUUUACUUGUGUUUUGGAUUGUGGACUGGCAUAAAGAGAAAUGCCAUUUUAGCUACUUACCAAGAGAAGCACAACAUUAAAAUUUAAAGAAAUAAUUUUUUUAGAAAUACCUUCAAUCCUAUAAAAACUACUACUCUACCUAACCCAAAUGCUAGCUCCAUAUCCCUAACUCAAGCAUAAAUUUAGCCCAAAAUUUAGAGCCCCCUAACUAAAUCUUCAAACCUAAAAUCUAUGACCUAAAGUGACCCUAAAACCAUUUGUUCCUAUGCUAAUUUAAAAUUGGGGGACAUGAAAUAACUAACAUUAAUGCUUGAGUUUGGGAUACUGACUUAGCAUUCACUUUAUUCACGUUAUGUAGAGUUGAAGAUUUUAAUUGCAAGUUUAAAGAAAAAUAAAUUUUUAAUUUGUUGAAUCUCUCACCUCUUUCAAUUAUUUAUGAUAUGUUCUUUAAUUCUAUCAUGUUUAUGCAACAUUCUUUUUAAAAAGACUCAUUAUUUCAUUUGUUUUUCAAUUUUAAAAAAAAACUUAUUAUGAUGAAAUUCAUUUUUUUCAUUUCUUUUGGUAGGGUGUUAAAAAACACAUUUUUGGCUUUUCCCCUCCCCAUUUUAGCUGACUUUUUUUACACAGCUGUCACCUUUCAUGCCAUGAUAUGUCUGUCAUCAUGACAACAAAGAUGGUGGCCAUGAGAAAAAAGUAGUGCAAAAAAAUACAGGGAAAUAAAUGGCGCUGAUUUCUAAUUUUCACGUUUCAAAUUCAGCGCAAGACAGCAGGUUGUUUUUAUUUGUCUUUAGAGAUGAGGGGCCAUCCAUAAAAGACAUCAAGCGGCUUUAAAAAAAAGGGGGGGGGGGUCGUCAAUGAAUUUGUGAUGAUGUGUGUUAAAAGUGUCUAUUUUGUGUUACAAACUACACUCCACAGAAAUUUAUGUUGAAGUGUCCUGUGAAAUUGUGGCAGGAUACUGAUAGAAAUGAAUAGAGUACGGGUACUGUUUUUGAACCGAUCAAAAGAUAUUCAAAUGUAACAUGAAACCGUUACUAAGGAAAAUUCUUUUUUGUUGUAUUUUGUUGCUUUCAAGUACCAUGUUCUUACUAUUUUGUUCACAUGGCUUGAACACAGUGUCUACUUAUAUUAUCCAUUAAUUUUUAAAUGUAAUUGAAAAUCUAUCUUCUUUUUUUUCUUCAUAUUGAAGUGAUAUUAUCCUGGUUAUUCAGCCACAAACAGAAAAUGUAUGCACACAUCCAACAAUUAUGAAAGAUAUGUGUGCAGAAUGUGGGGCUGAUUUACGCAGGUAAGAUAUUUCUCAUCCAAUUUCAUAUCAUUCUUUAAAUUAGCAGUUUAAAGAUUAUUAUUUUAUAGCAUACAUACCAACCUUGUAGAAUUAAAACUUUAUACAAAAAUUUAAAAAACCUGGUAAACAAAAAAAUUUGAAGCUAGAAUAAUUACUGAUCAUUAAACAUAGAUGUUCAUUUUCUAAAUGACAUAUAUUGUAUGUAAAUGGAAUAAUUUGUAAUUAAUGUAAUGUAUUUUUUCAGCCUCACUUUUCAUACAUAAAUUACGUUAUCAAACUUACCCUUUUUAAAGAUACUUUUAAAUCUUUUAACCGGGGAAACAUUCAUAAUCGAAAUCAUCAUUCUUCUCUUUGAGAGGACCAAACCUGAAAUAACUUGCUGUGGCCCCAAAAUUAUAUUUAUGAUGAUGAUAGGAAAUAGGGCAGUUUUAAUUCCUUUUUUGUCAGAUUUACAUUUUUAUGUUGAAAUGGAUAUUUCUUGAGUUGUUUACUGGGCUUUGUUCUUUGGGGUAUUUUUAUUUCUACUGUUAGCUGAAGAAGGCUUUAUGCUGAAACGUCCUUAUCUUUUUGUCCUGCUCUCUAAUUCAAGCUUCCACAUAAUUCGUUUUGCUGUUUCAUUCAUUUACUUGGCUUGAAUGCAGUCCUUUAAUUUAUAAAUGUAACAGAACUGGUCAGACACUUUUUCCCCCAAAGAGAGACAAUUUUGAAUCCCUGCAAAGGUAGCUGCUGUCUUCUCACUUGGGUGGUUGAGGUAUUUUACUCAAGGUUUACCUUCUCACUUCUCACAAACAAAAAAUAUGCCUUUCUUUGCUACCAAGUCCAUCCCACCCGGCUGUUAAACCCACAGCAAGAGAUAAGCUGGGACAAAUUUCAAUUUCCGAUGGCUUAUUUGAGAUGCAGGUAAAUAAUUUCCUCAAAAGGCCAAGUGUUAUAAAAAGAUGUGCAUGUUUCAACAUGCAUUCUGUUCAUUUGACAAAAGUAAAGUUGUUUAUCAUUUCUUCUUUUUUUGGUCAGAGAUAAUGGUGUUGCUGGUGAUAGAAAAGAAUCAGUCUCUGCAUCAGUUGCAAUGGUUCAUAGCAUCCCAGAGUUGAUUGUCAGUCAAGAGGUAAGUUUGGCCAACUUUAAUUAGCCAAUCAUUGAGUCGGUAUAACAGUUACAGAUUUGUGGAGAAAUGUAAACCCAGAAGUAACAUUAAAUAUCAAUUAAAGUAUACUGUCAAAUACAUUGGAAAAUGAGUGGAAGCUCAGCACUGAUCGCUCAAAAAUGUGGAGAAUUUUUUAAUUUUAAAAUAUCUGUCUUUAUUUGGUGGAAUUUUUACUAUCCACAAUUUUUCCGACACAAAUUUUAAACACCCUUAUAAAUGAUUUUAUGCUUUUGUUGGAGAUAUUCUUGGUACCAUAUAUACUCACUCAUAAGCCAAGGCUGUAACUAGUACAUGAAACUAUUUAAUGGUUGAACACUACUAUUUUCCAGCAAGCCUUAGAAUUAGGGAAAGAAGAUGAGAUAAGACUGUUGAAACAAAGGAAAUUAGUCUUGUUGGUAGAUUUGGACCAGACUCUAAUUCACACAACUAAUGACAACAUUCCUCCCAAUUUAAAGGUGAGUGAACCAAGCGUGAAAAAAAAAAAAUGUUUGCCAAAGAAUUUUUAAAGCUUCUCUAAAAAAAACUAUGGCAUGAUGAUAAUAUCAUAUAUUUCUUUACUAUUUGAUAAAAUCUUUUAAGAAAAUUUCACCAUUGGGCUAGCGAAAUAGGUUCUCUUUUAAUACCACAAAAUAUAUUUUUUUACUAAAGGCAUUCCAAUAUUCACUUAAAAAGCAGUAAGAGCAAUCCAUGUUUGAUUUAGUUUUCUUGUGCUGGCUAAAUAUGUUCCUCUAUUUUAUGUUUUCACCAAUAUCACUGUGGUCUACAAAUAUAUUUUGUCUAUCAUCAAAACAAUUAAAGAAUAAAAAAAGUUUAUUUGCGUAUAUAUUUUGUUUAUAUUUCAAUUUUGGGAACUUUGAAAUGAUGGUAGCUAUAAUGAAUAUAACCUAUGAAUAAAUCAUUAAGGUUUAUUUUUCUUAAGUUAUUCUUAAUAUAAAUUUUAUUAUUGUACAAGUUAUUAUAAAAAAAAAACUGUAUGAGAUGGGUGUAUAAAGUUUUUCUCGAAUGCCUGGGCCAGAUUAUAAAAUUAAUAUUGAAUUGUUACUAAUAUAAAUAAAAUUUCAACAUCCAGGAUGUGAAACACUUCCAGCUGUGGCAUGGUAAAGGUAUGAUGUGGUACCACACACGCUUCCGUCCCUUCACAAUGCAGUUCUUGGAGACAGUUUCUAAAAUGUACGAGCUCCACAUCUGCACUUUUGGUGUGAGGUUGUAUGCCCACACCAUUGCCAGAUUUUUGGACCCGGAGGAAAAGUAUUUCUCUCAUCGAAUUCUCUCCCGUGACGAAUGUUUUGAUGCUCUUUCAAAAACAGCAAAUUUAAAGUGAGUUUAAAAUCCGACUAUGUGGUGUGUCUUAUAACUGUACAUUCUCUGAUUAAUAAUAAAAGAGUCUUUGGUACAUCUGAACUAAAGUUCUUUUUAAUUUGUUAACUUUUCAGAGCUCUGUUUCCAUGUGGUGAUAAGAUGGUGGGUAUAAUCGAUGACAGAGAAGAUGUCUGGAACUUCGCCCCCAACCUCAUCCACGUGAAACCAUAUCGAUACUUUCAGGGCACGGCAGACAUCAAUGCCCCUCCAGGUCUGACCAAAUCAGAACAUGACAAUGAACCAGUGUCCCAUAAGGUUGUGGCCCAUUCAGAUGAGCCGUCAAAGGUGCAACCGAAGCAGGCUGAUGAUGGGGGUGAUUCCCUAGAAAAGUCAUCAGAGACUGGAGUUACUGGUGAUCUGAAGUCAGAGCCAGUGCUAGACAAAGACAAAAGUGAGGCAUCAGAGGAACAGACAAUAUCCACCGAUUCACAAAAUGUAGUGUCAAAUGGAGGGAAAGGGGGAAAUGAACCAGCAGAGAAAGCAAUCCUUGAAACUGAGCAUGGGGUCACGGCCAAGGCUUUAAGUAUUAUCUCAGGUGGAAGUCAGAAAGAUAAUCCUUUAGCACAUUCUUCAAGUGCUACUUCAAGUCAAGCCAACACACCUGACAGUCAUACAGGUGACCUGCAAUCCUCAACCAAGCCAGUUUUGAACACUGGUACAAGUGAUCCACCAGGCAGUCACACAGGUGAAUUGAAGCCAUCAACAGAGCCAGUGUUGGACACAGGUACAAGUGAGCCACCAGGCAGUCAUACAGGUGAAGUGAAUGACUCUGUUAUCACAAAUGAUCUAGUGCAGAGGUGUGACUCCAGCAGCAAGGAUGGUGCUGAACAAAGUCAAAAAGAAAAGGCAGAGGAGUUGACAGAAGAAAUAGAAUGGGACGAUGAGGAUGACUACCUCCUUCACUUGGAGGAGAUUCUAACAAGAGUGCACAAGGCUUACUAUGACAUGUAUGAGCAGUCACAGAGCAAAGGCUCUAGCAAACUCCCUGACCUCAAGAACAUAAUUCCUUAUGUUCGCAAGAAGGUCCUCAAAGGUGCAAACAUCGUGUUCAGCGGCAUGUUUCCAUUAAACAUGCCGGCCGAGCAGAGCCGAGCCUACACCGUGGCCGUUGCUCUGGGUGCCAAUGUCCAAAAUGAUAUCAUUCCCAGGAAAUCCAAGAGCGGUAAAAACCCUGAUGCCACCACUCACCUGGUGGCAGCCAAACCUGGGACCGGCAAACAUAAAUCUGCCUUGAAGGCUAAGGGUAUUCACGUUGUGACAGGAGACUGGCUUUGGGCUUGUAAUGAGAGGUGGGAAUGGGUGGAGGAAAGUCUCUUCCAACUCAGUUCUAAGGAUUCAUCUGCCAAAAGUGUUCCUAGCCCUGAAGGUAGUACACUAGCAAAGAAAAAUUCCAAUUUAAAAAGAAGAAAACCAAAUGAAGACAUUGGUGAGGAUUGUGAUGUAUUUGAGACCGGUGGGGAAAAUAUAAAAAACAACGGUUCAAACAAAAAACAGAAACUGGGGGAAGAGGAGACGGCCAGUUCUAGUACCGGUCAGCCUGGUACGGAGAUCACAGUUGACAAUGAUGAUGUCACUCCUGAAAAAUCAACAGAUGGGAACUUUGCCAGUAGUUUUAACCCUUUGUAUUCCUUUUCCGAUGAGGACAUUGAGUUCAUGGAUAAAGAAGUGGAUGAGAUCAUGGAUGAGGAUGACGACAGUUCCGAGGAAAGUGAUACGGAAAGAGAAACCCGUGUUAGAGGAGAGGUUUUAGGGAAAUCUGCAGAAUCUGAUUCCGACUCUGAAAGUUUAUCCGGAGAUUUCCCAAGGGGCUGGAAACUCCGCAGGAAGUCAUUUUCUCCAAAUAAAAAGGAGGAGGUCGAUGACGUGGAGAAGAAAACGGAUGCCGAGGAUGAUGAUGAGACAGAGAAUGAACUAGACAGGUACCAGAACAACAUUGCAGCUUUUGUUGGGGAAGAUAGCCAGUCUGAGAGCAGUGAAGGGGAUGACUCUAUUGGCUCUGUGGAUGAUGAGAUUGCUGAAGCUGUGGAGAAGGAGUUCCUGGGAACAUAGUCUUGUAAGCAGCUCUUGUUUUAUUCUGUAAAUGUUCACACUCAAAUCUGUGGAUAUUUCAAGGACUGCAGUGCCAGGGACUUGGUUGGAGAAAUGAUUCCACAAUAGGAAUGUAUUAUGGAUGCUGCCUGUUAGUGACAGUAUUUUUUGUUGAUAUUAUAACUUCAUAUUAUAACAAACUUAAUCUUUUUUUUUUCACCCCAGCAUGUUCAUCUUUUUUUAUAAAGGCUAAAAGUACAAUUUCUAUCUAAGAUCAAUAACAUAUAUAACAUAUAUACACAACUAAUGACACACACAUCCACACACCACCAGUAACACAUAAACUACCAAUAGCACAUAAACACUACCCAUAACACUUAUAUUUUAUCAAUAACACACUACCGGUACCAAUACUACAUAUACACUACCAUACCACAUAUUCACUACCAAUAACACAAAUACUACCAACAAUGCAUAUACACUACUAAGAUUACAUAUACACUACCAUACCAUUAACACAUUCACUACCAGUGGUAAAUAUUAUACUACCAGUAACACAUAUAUGCUAAGUGUUAGAAAAUUGAAAGUGGUGUCAUGAAUUUUAUCAUAUGUUAUAUUAAUGGGUGUUUCCUGGUUAGGUGACUACUGAGAUGAAGCUUAGGAAGAAUACAAUUUCAUUUUCAAACCCAGUGUGAUAGGUAGAUAACUUCAUACAUUUAAUGGGAGAUAAUUCUAGACCCAUAAGUUUUUUUCUCUCAGCUCCCUUCAAAAUUUUUUUUUUACCCUUAAAAAUAUUGAAAUGAAUUUACCCUUGAGUUGUUUAGUCACGAAAUACAGGCUUGUGAUAUUUUUUCUCUGGUGAAAAAAUACAGGCUUGGGAUAUUGUAAUGAUUGCUGUGCAGCCCAUCAUGAGGGCCUGGUGAUCUUAUUAGCAUUGAGCAGCCCAUCAUGAGGGCCUGGUGAUCUUGUUAGCAUUGAGCAGCCCAUCAUGAGGGCCUGAUGAUCUUGUUAGCAUUGACAUUUUGUUAAUAGCAACGUGUAGGAAUAAUUUGUUAUUUGUAUCAUACAUCUUUUAUUUGUAUCCCGUAUUAGUAGUAUUAGUCUUUUCCAUUGCAAUAUUACUGAGUUAGAAAAUGAGGCAGCUAUUUCAAUGUAAACAUAAAGAAAUGAGAUCCAGAUGAGAUAUUUCUUUCAUUUCAAUGCAUGAUAUUUUAGAGCUGUGUAAAUACAUUUAUUGUGGUUGUUGGUACAUAACUGCCAGUGGUUAAGAUUUUAUAUUAACUCUGAAUCAACUUUAUCUUGCCUGAAGAACAUCAAAAUUUCAUUGAAAAGAUAUGAUUAGACAAUACGGCAGAUGUGCCCCUAUUGAACCAAAUCUUUGAGAUAAAACCACCUGAGUGAGUUGGCUUAGACAGUUUACACAUUUGGAUUUAUUGCAUUCAUUUUGUGCACAAAAUAUGACACGUGUUAAUGACCAAAAUGAGUAGUUUGCUAACAUCCCCCUGUAACUGUUACCAAUAGUUCAUGUGGACAUACAUUAGGGUUUAAACAUGUUGUGAAUGGCAAUGCAAAAUGUGUCGUUGGCUUGGUGUAAUAUGUUAUCUAAAGGGCUGAAUUAAGGAUGUGAAAAAAACAAAUGUUGUUUCACUGUAUGUUAUGUUAUUAAAUGGUGCACAAUCCCAAACUUCUCUUGAAAUGUCUUGUUCCAUACACUGAGUCUGGGCCAAUUUAUUCAAACUGUUCCAUAGAAUAAGUCAACAGAGAACUUAUUUAUAUUUUAACAAGAACUGGAUAUGGUUAUUUCAAUCAGAUAUAUCUACCAUGUGUAUUCUUCUUAGGUUCUAAUUUGGUUACAACUGAAGGGGACAACUUUUCAAAAAUACAAUUAAAAAUUUUAAAGCAGUUUUAAAGUGUAAAGGAUAUAAAAAUGUGUACCCGGUAUGCUUAGUAUGACUAAUAGUAAUAGUAUAAACAAAG